AUGUAUAGUUUCUUGAAGAAACGGGAGCAGGGAUCCUUACAACCAAUACGAAUCAAACGAGCCGAAACAACAAAACGUAUUUAUAAUGUUCAACUUAGUCAAUCCAAAGAAGUCGCCAGAGCACAUCGAGGUGGAGUGACUUGUUUAAAGAUGGAAACGAUCGAACAACGCUAUCUCAUGUCUGGAGGAUCCGAUGGCAGAAUUCAUAUAUAUGAUUUACACAUGUCACCUAAAGGAAAAUAUACCAAGAUCGUACCUAUUGCCAGUGUUUCAAGAUAUGAACGACAUAAAUAUGCAGUUUCCAGUUUAUCAUGGUUUCCUUUUGAUACGGGGAUGUUCAUCAGUUCAAGUUUUGAUAAAUCUAUUCGAAUAUGGGACACAAACUCAAUGACACCGGCAUGUACAUUUCCAUUGGAUUCUCGUGUCUAUUGUCAAGCCAUAUCACCUAUUGCAUCCCAUUGUCUUGUAGCUAGUGCAGCAGCAGAACCAAGGAUAAGAUUAUGUGAUCUCAAAAGUGGUGCUUUUACACAUUCUUUGAUGGGUCAUUCUGGAGAAAUUUAUUCAUGUAUUUGGUCUCCUUCUCAAGAACAUAUAUUAUAUAGUGGAGGAAACGAUGGAACAGUUAGAGUAUGGGAUAUUCGAAGGGCGGCGUCUUGUAUCAUGUCACUUGAUCAAGAAAAUAGUAGGGAUUCAUUAGUUGAUCGUGAUCCACUUGCAGAAACGAAUUCAGCUCAUGGGAACAAAGGAGUGAAUGGUAUGACGUUGAGUUCAGAUGGUCGUUAUUUGGUGACUUUGGGUAUGGAUGAAAAGAUUCGAUUAUGGGAUACCAACAAUGGUCAUAAUACAUUUGUGAACUAUGGCAGUUAUUGGCGAAACCGAUUCAAAUCUUGUCUUCAAGCUGUUGUAUCUGAUGCAGAUGUAUGGCCUCCUCUUUUAUUUGUUCCAAGUGAUGAUCAACAAGUCCUUGUCUUUGGUUUAAUGGAUGGUCGGUUGACAAAACGACUAAAAGGUGCAUAUGGUCGGGUGACAAGUGUGGAACAACGUUCUUCUUACCAAGAACUUUAUAGUGGAUCCAAUGAAGGCGAAAUCCUAGUAUGGGAACCAACUAAACCUGUCGAUCAAGAUGGAUCUUCCUCUAUAUAUGAUAUAACAACAACAAUGGAAAUGAAUUUGGAUGCAUGGAGUGAUAGUGAUGACGAGGAUGAACGCCCUGAAAUGCAAUAG